AAGAAGCCUGCCCACUGCAGAACUCAGCCUGGAAUAGCCCAGGGUCGGCGGGGGAUACGGCCGAUCCCGGGCUGGCACAGCGAGAUUCCCCCCUCCUCCCCACCCUCCGUCUGUAUCUCGCCUACUGCCCGCUCUGGCUCUGGCUGGGCUCUGCUUGUUUUGUCCGCGCCGCGCCGCGCCGCACUGAGCCGCGCCACGGCCGAGGAGGAUGCGCCUUCUUCCAGCGGUGGCGGCGGCGGCAGCUGCUGCUGCUGCUGUUGCUCGUGUCCGGGGAGCGCGGUGAUUAGCCAGAUGGGGACCGGCCUGCCCGGCUGACGGAGCGGGGGAGGAGGAGCAGGCGCUUUUGUUGCCUCUGCGGCCGCCGGAUCGCCCGCUGCAAAAGGAGAGGCGAGGCGCCCCGGAGAAGGGACUAGCUGCACAUUACCCCAAGAUACGCUUCAUCAUGGCAUGCCUGCACGAGACCCGCACACCUUCCCCCUCCUUUGGCAGUUUCAACACUAUCUUGACAGAGAGUUCCCUCCGAAAGUUGGAUCCAGAUGCCUCAGACUGCACCCCUGAGAAGGACUUGACGCCCACACAGUGUGUGUUGCGAGACGUCUUGCCCAUAGAUGGGAGUGGAGGGGGGGGCAGCGGACACAGUCCCACCCCCAGCGAGGAGACCCACGAACAGUUUGCCAACAGUGUGCUGCAGCUCCAUGAGAAUGAAGCUGGUAAUGGCGGGGGAGGUGGAGCUGGCGCUGCAGGAGCUGGAGUGGGGAAUCCUGAAGUCCGGCCCACCCGCUACCAUGCUGACCAAGUACGGAUCCACUGCCAGACAGGAAGUGGCUUUCUGGAAGGGCUUUUUGGUUGCCUCAAACCUGUCUGGACCAUGAUUGGCAAAGCAUAUUCCACCGAACACAAACAGCAACAGGAAGACCCAUGGGAGGUACCCUUUGAAGAGAUCAUGGACUUGCAAUGGGUAGGCAGUGGGGCCCAAGGAGCUGUCUUCCUGGGACGUUUCCACGGGGAGGAAGUUGCAGUCAAGAAGGUGCGAGUCCUGAAGGAGACGGAUAUCAAACAUUUGCGAAAGCUCAAGCAUCCCAACAUCAUCACUUUCAAGGGUGUGUGCACCCAGGCUCCCUGUUACUGCAUCAUCAUGGAAUUCUGUGCCCAGGGCCAACUCUAUGAGGUGCUACGUGCUGGACGCAAAGUUACCCCCUCGCUGUUGGUGGACUGGUCCAUGGGCAUCGCUGGUGGCAUGAACUACCUGCACUUGCAUAAGAUCAUCCACCGAGACCUGAAGUCACCCAACAUGCUGAUCACAUAUGAUGAUGUGGUGAAGAUCUCCGACUUUGGCACCUCCAAAGAGCUCAGUGACAAGAGCACCAAGAUGUCUUUUGCUGGCACCGUGGCCUGGAUGGCCCCUGAAGUGAUUCGGAAUGAGCCUGUUUCUGAGAAGGUUGACAUCUGGUCCUUUGGGGUCGUUCUCUGGGAGUUGCUGACUGGAGAGAUUCCCUACAAGGAUGUGGACUCCUCAGCCAUCAUCUGGGGAGUGGGCAGUAAUAGCCUCCAUCUACCUGUGCCUACCAGUUGCCCAGAUGGCUUCAAGAUCCUCCUGAGGCAGUGCUGGAAUAGCAAACCUCGGAAUCGUCCAUCCUUCCGGCAGAUCCUACUGCACCUUGACAUUGCCUCUGCUGAUGUGCUGUCCACACCGCAAGAAACCUACUUCAAAUCCCAGGCCGAAUGGCGAGAAGAAGUGAAGCUCCAUUUUGAAAAGAUCAAAUCAGAGGGGACAUGUCUACACCGUUUGGAAGAGGAGUUAAUUCACCGACGGCGAGAAGAGCUCAGGCAUGCCCUGGAUAUCCGGGAGCACUACGAACGUAAACUGGAACGGGCCAACAACCUUUAUAUGGAGCUCAAUUCCCUUAUGUUGCAGUUGGAGCUGAAGGAGAAAGAGCUGCUUCGGCGAGAGCAAGCGUUAGAGAAGAAAUACCCUGGACUUUUUAAGCACCAUCCAUCCCGGAGUCUCCUACAUGGCAACACAGUGGAGAAGCUGAUCAAGAAGAGGAAUGUGCCACAAAAGCUCUCUCCACACAGCAAAAGGCCAGACAUUCUAAAGACAGAGGUCAUCUUGGACCCCAGCCUGCCUCAGCUCGCCAUCCCCUUGUGCCAGAAAGGGCCCCCGUCCCCCGGGCGCAGCCGCCGUGCUAAGUCACGCUACCGUAAGGUCAGCACACGGGGCAGCUGUGGGGAGCUGGCCGAUCCCGGAGGAGCCAAGCGCCUGGAGCCCUGCACGGCCCUCCGAGGGCUCCAGCAUGACCUGCUGCUGCGCAAAAUGUCGUCUUCCAGCCCUGACCUCAUUUCCACCACGUUGGGAGCCGAGGGCCGCAAGGGGGCGGCGGGGCCAGAAUCCCCACCAGCAGAGCAGCCUCGCAGUGAGACACCCAGCGAAGACACUGCCUCGGUGCCUUGUUCCAGCAGCCCCGACUCGCCCUCUUCUCGACAGGGGGCAGUGGGGCCACCAGGGAAAGCAAGGCUGCAGCCCGGAGAAGACGCAGAACGGGAACAGGGCAAGGGUAACCGCUCAGGGGCCCCACAGCAGCCUCAGCACCUCACACCAGCAGCCAUGUUGUACCGGGCGGCUGUUACCCGCAGCCAGAAACGUGGUAUCUCCUCAGAGGAAGAAGAGGGCGAAGUGGACAGUGAAGUUGAGCUCCCUCUCCGGCAAAGGUGGCCUCAGGCUAGGAGCAAACGGCAAUCUCUCUCCACCUUCAGCUCCGAGAAUUUCUCAGAUGGUGAUGGUGAGGAGGGCACUGGCAGUGAGGGCACCACAGCUUCCCACAGUGGCGGCACCCCUGAUGUGCCCAGUACCAAUACAGACGAACGCCUGGAUGCUGAGCGCUCAGACGACGACAUUCUGGGGAACUCUGAUGGGUUGUCUGAAAAGGAAGCCGCCAUUCAGCUUGUGAAACGGCAGCUCAGUGCUGAGCAGAAUGCUGGAGAGGAUCCUGCAGCCUAUGAAGACUCGGACUGCGAUAGUGCCGAACUGGACAAUUCAGGCAGUGGGGAAGUGCAGAGACUUCCAGACAUACCGAAUUUGUGAUCUCCACUGCUUGGGGUUUCCUUUCCCAGGUUGUACAGUUCCCUCCUCCCUUCUCGGCCACCCUGCACCACCACCACCACCUUCUCCCCAGAUAUUUAUAUAAAUAAUUAUAAAGCUCUAUAUAAAUCUAUAUUAUCUCAUAAUCUCUGGAAAGAGAGCCAGCACACCUCAUUCCUCUCCUCAGUUCCUGCUCCCACAUUUUCUCUGACCAGUUUGGGGGGGGGGAUCGAGGGUCUCACCUUAUUAUCAGGGCUCACUGCUUUCAAUGCUGGACAGCUGGAAUGGAGGCAGCAACUGAACAGACUCUCCCCUUGGGCGGCCACUGGCCUCACAGCUCACCACUUGCUCGACGCACAGGAAGGCACUGAUUCCUUCCACUUUGCUUCCUCCAAAGUCCCGAAUGGUUUGGGAAUUCAGCAGCAGAAGAUCAGCCAGGCCUGAUGGCCAUCAGAACCCAAGGGAUGAAGAGACGAGAGAGAGAGAGAGAGAGAGAGAGAGAGAGAGAGAGAGAGAGAGAGAGAGAGAGAGAGAGAGAGAGAGAGAGGCGGCUCAGGCUAAGAAACCGUGCUUUCAUCUACCAGUGGAAAAUGACAACGGUGCGCCAGGAGGCUGCAGGUCCCAGCUCUACCUCUUGACUGGAUGAUGUACAUCGCCACCCGAAGGUCCUGAGUGCUUAAGCAGACUGUCUCUGAGAUGGACUUGAUGCCUGUUUGGGCCAUAGUCAGCACGGAACCAUUGUCCCAAUGGGCAGCUUGGAAAGGAGCCAUUUCCAUCACCUUGUAGCUGUUCUCAGAAGCAACAACAAGACUAAAGGCCUCAACUCCCUCCCAGGCCCCCGUGUCUCUUCCCAAUACAUCAUCCUCACCUUCUCCACGUCCAGUCAUUCGGCAGACACACACACACACAAAACACACAUACACAAACUCUCACACACACACACACACACACACACAAACACACACAGGCUUUCCUACCUUUGAGAAGGCCCACUCCUUUGGUUGAGAUGGGAAAGCGGCCCCCUUCUGCUCUCUGCUGGCACCAAGAUGCACUGCACUUUUUUGUGCUCGGUUUAUUUAUUUAUUUUAUUUAUUUAUUUAUUAUGAGAAAUGUUUACAUUUGCACUUAUUGUGUGUGUUCCCAUCUGAGGGAGGAAGCCAGGGAGGGGGGGAAGGAGAGGGAGCGCAUAAGGGGCAGGAAGUGGGAUUGGUGACAUUUGUGACCUGUUGAUGUUGAGCUGCCACCCUGCCUAAAAAGAGAAAGGGGAGUUGCUUGAAUGUACACUUGUGUGGAAAAAACCAAACCAAACCAGCCGGUCCUCUUGGUUUCUCAGGUGAAAAAACUUGGCUUGGAGAAUCAUGUUGUGUUAUUGCUCCCUUUUCAGUUCAUUUGUUGCUUUAGAGGUGUUUGGUUAAAACCCCAGGGAUGUGAGAGUCUAGUGCAGGGGUAGGCAACCUUGGCUCUUUUAUGACUCGUGGACUUCAACUCCCAGAAUUCCUGAGCCAGCCAUGCUGAGGGGAAAGGGAGAGGUUUCCAAGCUGAGCCAUGCUGGCUCAGGAAUUCUGGGAGUUGAAGUCCACCAGUCCUAAAAGAGCCAAGGUUGCCUACCCCUGGUCUCGGUCAGGGCCAGGCUAAAAGCAAGUGUGGGCAUAAACUUAUUCAGAAAUAUUUUUUUCUCCCAGUGGAAGACUUGCAGGAAAAGGGGCACAGCAGCCAAAAAUAAAAAAAUAAAAAUGUUGGAACCAAUACAACUCUUUCCCCAUUGCAACCAGCCAGCAUGUGCUGGAAAGAGAGGUUCUCAAAAACUAUUGUCAAAAGGAAAUCUUAUGAGGGGCAAUUGGCUGUCUACCUAUGAUAUUGGGUGUUCCUGUUGCCUCUGGCAGGAAUGUGUUGGAUUGCAUUCAACCCUCAGGUGCCCUGGUGCUAGUCCUUUCCAGUUCAAAGGGGCCAAGCCUUAGGUGCUCAAGAUGCUGUUCUUGCAGCGUGUUUGAUGCUUAUGUAUCCAUAUAUAGCCACAGGUGCUCCUUUCUCAUAGAUGAGGAUCUUCAGUAACCCUGGGGGAGAAUGUACUGCAAUCACACACAAGCUUGGUGUAGGGCUAAUUGCCUAUGUUUCACAUAGGCAAUUAGAAAUAGGGUUCCAUAUUUCUGGUAACAACCCCUUCCCGAACAAAAAGUUGCAUUUUUUUUCCUGGGAAAAUUGUAUCUGAAUAAUUUGCCCAUCAAGGUUUGAUGGUGCUAGGUCAAGCAGAGUACUGGCAAACCGUAUACUGUAAAGCAGUUUUAUAACUCAAGAAAUCCUGCCUUGGACCUGCUGCCAAGUCAGACAUUAUUACUGAAUUAACUUCUGCAAUAUUGGGAGAUGUGUGCGGACAUCUCCCCUGGUCAUCAGGGCAGGCUCUCAAACUCUAUUUAUGCAGUUACCACUGGUUUUUUUUGUUUUUGUUUUAAAAAAGUCUCCUCCAUGUCAAGCUUGACUCAUGGCAGCUUCUUAGUUACAUCUGUGUACGGUUGGGUAGUUGGUUUUUUUGGCAACAAAAGAGAAAUCCUUUGCCAUUGUCUUCUGGGAGUCUAUAAACGUUUUACUUUCCAGACUAGCCUAUACUCUGGUGGACUCCUAUUCAAAUACUAAUCAGGUUUCACACUCAUUUUGGAGAUCAUCUUUUGGCCUCUGCAAUAUAUUUUUUUUCCUCUUGUUUGAGCCUCCAUUUAAUCCUGAAAUAAUCCACACCUUCACUAGGCUAAGGAUGAUACCAACAUACUCUUUUCAUAACCUUAAAGGCAUGGUAGAAGUUCAAGGGUGUCGCUAAAUUUUGUGCAGCCGUUGCAUUCCUGCUUAACACUAAAAACUGGUGCAAACUUUUGAUGCAGAAUUUAUUCUCAGGGCUACCAUAUCUGAAUAACCAUUACAUGGUAGCAAGGAAAUGCAGCCUAACUAUAUGGAGACUUGAAAGAAAUUCUACUACUAAUUCAGGGGAAAACUGUAACUGUUUAACCCUGAGUUGGGGAGGAAUGCACAGCACGAGGGACGUGCUUGAACCUUUAUGAAAUUCUGAUUACAUUUUCUUAGCUGGAAAGUGGAGGGUAGACUAUCAGUUUUCUGAUCCUAGAUGGCUGCCUUGUCCUCCAAGCAUGGAUUUUUCUCAAUAAGGGAAGAAAGGCAGUCAAAAUUCUUAAAUGCUUUUAAUUUCUUUAGCUUAAGAAAAAUGGGGUAACCUGGCAGAAGACACACCAAAAAGAACAUGCUAGCCCCCUUUAAAAAGCCAGCCCUUGCAAUAAUUGGAGCAGCAGUGUUCAUAGGCUAUUACAAGUCAAGCAUCUGUGAAGCAGGGCAUGUAAAUAGGGAGUGAAUGCAGACUGUCAAGUCUAACUGGCAGAGAAAUUACUUGGCCUGUUCCUUUAGGACUUCACAGACCAGAGUAAGAGGAUGGUAGCUGGGCUGCAAAGAUCCACAUAACCAUCACAUAGCAACAAUAACCCUCGAACAAAGGACUAGUGGAAAUAUUCUCUGUUCAAGUCAUCCAGGCCUGGGUCCUUACUGUGAAUCCUGUGCUUUGGACCUUUUCCAAAAAGCCACUAACUAGUUACUAAAAGAACAACUUAAAAGUUCAACUUGAACUUUUGCCUUUUCUAUAUGGCAGUCCUGACUUAAAGAACACAUUCACAACCAGCAACUCAGUGGCUAAGUGAAAAGGUCCUUAAGCAAAACAUCACGUGACUGUGCAGAACCUACAAGGCCACUUCCACUCCAGCUGUUAAGCAAAUCACCUGCACUCCUUAAGCAAAAUAUUGCACGAUCGCAACUUGCAAUUUUGCUGCAGGCUGGCCGUGAAGCACGCAAAUGAUAAUUGCCGUGACUUGUGGGAUGCGCAGUGGUCAUCCGAGUCACGGCCGGUCACAAUAUUACUUUUUCAACACCGUCAUUGCUUCAGUCGUUAAACAGGACACAGUAAGUGAGGACUACCUAUAAGAGCUGUUGGUGGUGCAGUGGUUAGAAUGUAGUAUUGCGGGCUAAUUCUGCUGACUGCAAACUGCCGGCAGUUCGAAUCUCAGCGGCUCAAGGUUGACUCAGCCUUUCAUCCUUCCAAGGUCCGUAAAAUGAGGACCCAGGUUGUUGGGGGCAAUAGGCUCACUCUGUAAACUGCUGUAAAAGCACUGUGAAGUGGUAUAUAAGUCUAAAUGCUAUUACUCUAAGCUAGGCUUGAUUGCUGGAGAGCAGUCUGGAGCAGGGGUCCUCAACUCCUGGGCCAAGGACCGGUCCUGGUCGGUGGCCUGUUAGGAACCAGGCCGCACAUCUGGAGAUGAGCGGCUGGUGAGCAGGCAAAGCUUCAUCUGUACAGGUAGUCCUCGACUUACAACAGUUCAUUUAGUGACCAUUCAAAGUUACAAUGGCACUGAAAAAAAGUGAUUUAUGACAGUUUUUCACUCUUAUGACCACUGCAGCAUCCCUAUGGCCCCAUGAUCAAAAUUCAGAUGCUUGGCAACCGGUUCAUACCAUUGACGGUUGCCACAUCCCGGGGCCAGGUGAUCCCCUUUUGCAACCAUCGUGCAAGCAAAGUCAAUGGGGAAGCCAAAUUCACUUAACAACAGUGUUACUAAUUUAACAAUGGCAGUGAUUCGCCUAACGACUGUGGCAAAGAAAGGGCAUAAAAUGGGACAAAAUUCAUUUAACCAAUGUUUCACUUAGCAACAGAAAUGUUGGGCUCAAUUAUAGUCAUAAGUGGAGGACUGCCUGUAUUUGCAGCUGCUCUCCAGCGCUAGCAUCAAUGCCUCAGCUCUACCUCAGAUCAUUAGGCAUUAGAUCAGGGGUUCUCAACCUUGGCAACUUUAAGACUUGUGGACUUCAACUCCCAGAA